CAUCAGCAGUCCUGAUCCUAUAAAUAUUUAUCACUCCGAUUCUUUUGGAGAGCACAGUGUCCAUAGUAUACUUCAGGGGAAUUUAGUUUUCCAUCUUUUCGAUUUAGUGUAUAUUCGAUAAACGCGUGUGUUGUUUCUGGUGAUAGUAGAAGCGGUUUUCCUGUAACAGUAGCAAAGUAGGCCAAAUUUUCCUCCCUCAUCCUGUUCCCCCUUCCCGCCCACUCUCGUAACUCCGUUCACAUUCCGGGUGCGUUAGUCGAGUAAAGAAGAAAGGAAACUUCCUUCGGUUUAACCCUGGAUCAUCGUGUCCGUGUGUGUGCCGCGUGUUCUGCAGUGUAGUAACCAAACCAAACGCGCCCACGAUGCCGUUGUUCAAUAAGAAAAGCACCAAAAUAUCCAAUCCCUCGCCGCCGAUGACCAAGGAUCCGCAUCAUCCCGCGUUCCACGAUAACAACAACUACAAAAACCAUCCGAUCCCAACAGCACCGACGAUCCAGCACCAACACCACCACCAUCACGACAGUAUGAGCACGAACGGGGGUGGCGCGGGGCUCGGCGAGUCGACCGUCACCAAGCCCCAGCUGGUGUUCAACUGCCAGCUGGCCCACGGCAGCCCGACCGGCUUCAUCACCGGCUUCGCGAGCGUCAAGGAGCUCUACCAGAAGAUCGCCGAAUGCUACGACUUCCCGAUGGACGAGAUUCUGUUCUGCACUCUAAACUCGCACAAAGUCGACAUGAGCAACCUGCUGGGCGGGCAGAUCGGGCUGAACGAUUUCAUCUUUGCACAUAAAAAGGGCCGCCCGAAGGAGGUGGAGAUCGUGAAGUCGGAGGACGCCCUCGGGCUGACGAUCACGGACAACGGCGCAGGGUAUGCGUUCAUCAAGCGCAUCAAAAGUGGCAGCGUCAUCGACCGGAUUCAGCAUAUACAGAUUGGAGACCACAUCGAGAAGCUGGACGGCAUAAACGUGGUCGGAAAGCGACACUACGAGGUGGCCCGAAUGCUCAAGGACAUACCGACCGGCUCGACGUUCACCAUCCGCCUGGUGGAGCCGAUGAAGAGCGGUUUCCAGGGUAUCGCGCCUCGCAAGGGCACGGCGGGCAGCAAGCCGGGCAAGCAAGGAUACGGCAGCGGCAAGGAAACGCUUCGGUUUAAGGCCAACGGCAAUGCAGCCAUCGAGGAUGAGCACGAUGAUGCGACACAAAGUGGAAUUGAUGCCAUUAACUCACUGCUCGACUCCUUCAUGGGAAUCAACGAUAGUGAACUAGCAACACAAAUCUGGGAUUUAGGUAGCAAUAAAAUAAAUUCUAUGGACUUUGCGGAAGCGAUCGACGCAUCAGAUCUGGAGGCAUUCGGAUUCACCGACGAUUUCAUCAUCGAACUGUGGGGCGCAAUCACCGACGCACGUCAAGGACGCUACAAAAGAUAAGCGUAAGGAAAAGCGAUCCCCCUCCCUUCGUUCCCCCGAACGAUCAAGAAGAUCGAGAAAAGAAAGUAGCCGCGGUGGCGUCCGUGCAAUCAGACGUGCUACUGGCAGAUAGAGGAGCAUUUACGAGAGAGGCAGUAGGGAUGCAUCAACGGUAGAUAAGAUAUCGGUCGCAAUUGAUAUGUGAUGUGUUUUAAAACGACGAUGAUGAUGAUAAGGACGACGACUUCUAUAACUACUGCAACUACCACUACCAUGAUCAUGAAAGCAGUUUUCAAAUGGACCUCCCUAAUAUGAGUAGAAUCAUGGAAUCAGGAAAGGAACAGAGGAAAUAUUGGUGAGCUGUGAGAUUGUGUACUUAAACAAGACGAGAAUAAGUCAAUUCCGUUGUCACUCCACUGUUAGAGAAUAGCGCCACACUAUGUAGUCCAGCCCUGGAUUUAACCUAAUCAAGAAAAGUGUUAUCUAGACCAGCAGCCCUGAUUCCCGUUGCUGUGUGAGACUGUUAUUCGUUGCGGACGUAAUUACUAAAGCCACACACUAGUAUUUUAAAUUUGUAAAAUGUUGUAAAGAAUGUUCUUUGUGGUAUUGACCACCAUCGACGGGGGCUUGUACUUGCGAAACAAUAUCGUUUUUCUCGCCCAUGGUAUUGUGUGGUCUAGGGAAAAAAUCCGACAAUCAUUCCAACGUGAAGAAAUAUUUUAGCGAAGAUAAUGAAAAUGGAAAUAAAUAUUUAGUGAUA